AUGGAAAACUUGGACAACCAAGGCGUUUCUACUCAGUACAUGAAGAAGUGCAAAAGUUCGACUUUCUUUGAAUCUUGGCAUAGAGAUUGCAACUUGUCGAUAGGUCGCAUCCUAAUUAGCUCUGACGAAGGCGACGACGCCGAAACCUUAGCCGUAAUAAGACGAUGUUCAUGCGCAACGGCAUGGGGAGCAUACAAAAGCAUAGAGGAUGAAGUGAAGAAGACCAAGAACACCCGCCUCCGUGCUCACCUAUUCAACUCCACCGUACUUCCUGCUUUGACCUAUGCUUCGGAAACGAGGGCAUUUUGCAAGCAGGAACAAAAUUCUGUGAGUGUCAUUGAACCCGCAGCUGAGAUGCAAAGAGUAUUCAGUUUCACGCAAGUGAAGGGCGGGAUUCGAAGUUCUCUCCUACGUCAACGAUGGAAGAUUAGAGACCCUGCUGCGUUGGCCAAGGAAAGUAAAAUGAGGUGGGCCGGACACGUGGUGCGCUUUAACGACAACGGUUGGACCAGAGCCGUGAGCGACUGGGUUCCCAGCGAUAUUAAGCGCACUACAGGAAGACCGCCGACCCGAUGGUCAGAUUUCUUCACGAAGUCCUUCAAAAAAUUAUGA